CAUUCGUUCUCUUAAUUUUAGAUAACACUUCACUUCAUAGAUGCGAUAAGUGAAAGGGAAGAGCCUCUCUUACGCCUUCGCUAUCUACUCACGGUUUCCGCACAAAUAUGCCAGCCGGCAGUGUCCAAACAACGCAGUAUAGUCCAACGGUCGGACUUCUUUACAUCUUCAAUCUCAUCGUCGGUACAGGCGCCCUUGCGUUGCCUAAAGCAUUUCAGACGGCAGGCUAUGUACUUAGUAUACUAGUCCUCUUGAUAUCUGGUUUGGUUAGCUAUAUAGCUGCAACUUUUGUGGUCGAAUCUCUAUCUGUAGGGAAUGCAGUUCAUGUACGAAGGCGAAGACAGGAAGCGGAGCCUACUUCGGAGUAUGACGAUGUCAUCGUCACUGAAAGUGGACCCUCAUCGUUUGAAAUUAGCGAGAAAAUUGAAGUCAGUCAGAUGGCAUCAAUGUUUCUCGGUCGUGGCGGAGUUAUCUUUAGCUAUCUAGCACUGGAUAUCUACCUUUUUGGUGAUCUCGCAAUUUACUCGACCACCGUAUCUAAAUCCAUGAUGAAUAUGAUUUGCUCGGGUGUAAAUACAUCUACAGUAUUGUCGUCAGAUCCAUGUCAUGGCUCUUGGCCUAUACAGCUUGAUCGUCUAACAGUUUAUCGUUUGUGCGUUUUUCUAUUCGUAUCGGUGUGUAUCCCUAUGGUGGUUAUUGGUAUCACCAAAACCAAAUAUUUACAACUGGCAACAACGUUGUCGAGAUGGUCAGCAUUCAUCCUCAUGAUUUUCCUUGCUUCGGCACAAAUGCUUGCCAACGGUACGGCGGGGAAUCCUCCUGUGGCUAACAUUCAUGGUUUCGGUUCUCUCUUUGGUGUUGCUGUCUAUGCGUUCAUGUGCCACCACAGUAUUCCUUCACUUAUCACACCGAUGAGUUCGAAAUCCGGUAUUUAUGGAAAGCUUUUCUGUGUUUAUCUGUUGAUACUUUCAUUUUACUUCACCCUUUCUGUCACUGGUUCAUUUGCAUUUGCCCAUGUGCAGGACGUCUACACUCUCAAUUUCCUCCACGAUGACCUCACCUCUGCGUUUUACUUCAUUUGUGAUCACUUUCUGGCAUUAUUUCCUGUAUUUACACUAACGACUAAUUAUCCUAUUGUGGCUACCACUCUAAUUAAUAAUGUUCGGGUAUUGCGCGAUUUAGUAUCUCCCGCUGAGUCAUCAUCAUCUUCUGAACAAGAGUCGCUCUUGGAAGAUGAUGAAGAAGUUGAUCGCCGACGAAGAAGUAGUAAUCAUCAUAAGGUAUCAGACUUCAUUAUCCCAAUUUUUGUCAUUGGCCUUCCUACAAUAAUCAGUUUAAUGACUGACAACGUUCUGAUGCUAGCCACCAUCACAGGAUCAUACCCAGGUGUUGGUGUACAGUUUUUGAUUCCAUGCCUGUUGGUAGUGCAAGCUCGAAUACACGCCAAAAGUGUGCUGAACUUUCCAGUACCCAAAAAAUUCGCAAGUCCUUUCCAAUCUAAUUACUGGCCUUUCGCAAUAAUGCUUUGGGCUGCCUUUGCAAUAGUUAUGGCUACGAUCAACACGCUCGGUAUCAAAUUUUGAAACUUUUCUUUGCAACUUUACUUUGUCAUUUCAUUGUGCAUAUCAUUAACUUCUUGCAUUUAUCCAGUAAUGCAUGCAUUUCUUUGUUUCACCUUUAACAAGUAGUCUCUUUGAAACUUGUUAAAUGUCAGAAGUUUUGUUGGUGAUACUCAGGUUUUUUUUCACGCAAUUGGUUUCCUACGAGUAAGCACGAUUCGUUUGUUGUAUCAUUUGUUGACAUGGUUGAAAAAUUUUUUAUAGAAAACUUGCAGGC